UUCCAAUCCCUCCUGCUUGUGUGGAGCUGGCCGUCCCUGAGCAGCAUCGCUGGGGCUGUUGAGCAGUGGGGAAAGGACCGCUCCUCCCAGUGCCCAGCACUGCCCAUGCUGGGGUGCCCAGGCGCAGGGUGAUGGGCUGAUACCUGUGGGGCUGGCGAGGUCAGCUGUGCCUGCCUGUCUCCCCCCCUCCGGGUGCAGGAGUGCCGGAAGAGAGGGUGGGAGCUGGUAUCUGGUGCAGGCACCCUUCCCCCUCAGCACCUGGCACCAUCCAUCUCCCUGUCCGGCCAGCGGCCGGAUGUCCGCUCGGCCAGGCCAGGCAGGGAGACAGCCAGGACCUGGCACGGCACGAGGGCACCACAGGCACCGCAUGGGGGAUCUGCCAGGGUGGCUGUCCCUGCUCGGGGCACUGGUGAUGUCGGGCGGGCUCUGCAUGAACCAGGAGGAGAGGCUCAUCAACUACCUCUUUGAGGAGGGUGGCUAUGACAAGGAUGUGCGCCCUGUCAUCUCCAACGACGAGGUUGUGGAUGUCUACUUGGCCCUCACCCUCUCCAACCUCAUCUCAUUGAAAGAGGUGGACGAGACGCUCACCACCAAUGUAUGGCUUGAGCAUGCCUGGACCGAUUACCGCCUGCAGUGGAACAAGUCUGAGUUUGGGGACAUUGAGGUGCUCCGCCUGCCAUCAGACAUGGUGUGGCUCCCUGAGAUAGUCCUGGAGAACAACAAUGAUGGGCUCUUCGAGGUCGCCUACUACUGCAACGUCCUUGUCCAAAACACGGGCUAUGUCUCCUGGCUACCACCCGCCAUCUUCCGCAGUGCCUGUCCUGUCAACGUUGACUUCUUCCCCUUCGACUGGCAGAACUGCACCCUCAAGUUCAGCUCAUUGGCAUACAGCGCCCUGGAGAUCAACAUGCACUUGAAGAAAGAGAAUGACCCAGAGGUGGGCAAAGAUUACCCAGUGGAGUGGAUCAUCAUUGACCCUGAAGGCUUCACAGAGAAUGGGGAAUGGGAAAUCAUCCACCGCCCAGCCCGCAAGAACGUCUAUCUCGAUAAGCCCCUUGACACAAGCGAGCACCAGGACAUCACCUUCUACCUCAUCAUCAAGCGCAAGCCGCUCUUCUACGUCAUCAACAUCGUCACACCCUGUAUCCUCAUUGCCUUCAUGGCCAUCCUUGUCUUCUACCUGCCCGCUGACAGUGGUGAGAAGAUGACUCUGGUGAUCUCAGUGCUCCUUGCCCAGUCCGUUUUCCUCCUGCUCAUCUCCCAGCGCCUGCCUGCCACCUCCCAUGCCAUCCCGCUCAUUGGCAAGUACCUGCUAUUCAUCAUGCUGCUGGUGACAGCUGUGGUGGUGAUCUGCGUUGUCGUCCUCAACUUCCAUUUCCGUACCCCCAGCACUCAUGUCAUGUCUGACUGGGUCAAAGAGGUUUUCCUGGAGAGCUUGCCCCGCCUGCUGGGUAUGUCGCAGCCAGCUGAGGGCCCGGUGAGUGCCCCAUGCAUCCGACGCUGCAGCUCGGCCGGCUACAUUGCCAAGGCAGAAGAGUACUUCAGCAUCAAGUCCCGGAGCGAGCUCAUGUUCGAGAAGCAGUCAGAGCGGCAUGGGCUGGCCAGCCGAGUCACCGCCCGUUUGGCACCACCGGGCACAGAUGCAGGUGAGGAACAGCUCUACGAGCACAUGAAACCCAUCGUCGAUGACGCCAACUUCAUUGUCAAGCACAUGCGGGAGAAAAACAGUUACAAUGAGGGGAAGGACAACUGGAACCACGUGGCCCGAACACUGGACCGCCUCUGCCUCUUUCUCGUCACCCCCACACUGGUGGUGGCUACCCUGUGGAUCUUCCUCAUGGGCAUCUACAACCAUCCACCACCACUGCCCUUCGCUGGAGACCUCUAUGACUACCAGGAAGAGAACAAGCGCUUCAUCUAGGGUCCAGGGCUGGGCUGGGCUGGUUGUGUGCAUGUGCCAGCUUCCUGCUCCUCCCUGCUCAC